UCAAGGGAAGGCGUAGCAACAGAUCCACUCAACGUUAUCACAAGAAUCGAGAUGAACCUGCGAGAUCGGGAUGAACAACAAAUGGGCGAAUCCAUACAGUUUCCCGAGCAGCAAAUCAACAAUGCCGUUGAGACUGUUAAUCCUGACGCGAUCCGUCGGAAAAAUCGGUCGCAAAGUAUUCCAUUUCAUGAGAAAUCUCGUGAAGACAUUGACAAUGACAGUAUGAUAAAUAGGACGUGA